AUGGAAUCUCCAGAUUCCCCUCAAGAGAGCGGCGAUAAUUCUUUUCCUAAUGAGAUUAUCACAUCAGAUAUCAAAGAGAAACUACGUGAUUCUUUUCUGCGAGAUUCUGCCAGGAUUCUUAAAGAAGUGCCGCCCGAUGAUCACAAUUACAAACUUUGGGACGUUUAUGUUGGCAAAGCCGGAUUGGCGCUUUUAUUCAUGAGGAUUCACGAACGUGAUCCUGGAUUCAUGAUCGGGUCAAAAAAUGCGUUAACUAUUGCGGAUCAAUAUAUCGACGGUGCCAUCUCGUCAUAUACAUCUAAACAUAAAAUAUCGCCUUCGAUUGUUGAACACGAAUGUGGCUUCUUGUGUUCCGCAGUUGGGUUAUACGCAGUUGCCGCUUAUGUCAAGCAGCAUAAGGGAGAUCAAGAAUCGUCUCGUCGCUACGUGGGAUUAAUUCGAUCACAUUUUUCACACGCAUGUUUCUCGGCAUCCACGCCAAGCGAAUUGUUAUAUGGUCGUGCCGGAUUUCUUUACGCUCAAAAGUUCCUCUCCGGCACAUUCGGUCCGUUAGAAGAACCUCAUGUAAAACCUCUGGCCUCAUCCAUAUUUGAAACGAUCAUUGAGGAUGGUGUUAGGACCGCUAAAAGUUUUGCUCACAGAAAGAUUCCAUUACUAUGGUUGUUCCAUGGUAAACCGUACCUUGGUGCGGCCCAUGGAAUGGCCGGAAUCCUCUCCAUAUUGUUGGCCCGUCCAGAAGAUUGUCGCGAUGAUGAGAAACGAAUCAGAGACACCGUGGAUUUCGUAUUAUUUAAUUGUCGUUCUGCCAACGGAAAUUGGCCCGUCUCUGUCGAUGAUGAACGCGAUAAGAGUUUGGUGCAAUUUUGUCACGGAGCCCCCGGAAUGUGUUUUCUGGCGUGUAAAGCUUAUCAACAUUAUAAGGAAGAAAAGUAA